AUGGACUUGUGGAUUUGGUUUCUGUCUUUAUUUAUUGAAGAUUUAGGUAUUACAAAUGGUUUAAACUGGGCUUUCAUAAGUGAUAAGCAAAAGGGGCUCAUACUUGCCAUUGCACAUGUACUACCAACUGCAGAGCAUAGGAUGUGCGUCCGGCACUUGUACAAUAAUUUCAGAGCAACACAUCUUGGUCUCACUCUUAAACACAUGUUAUGGGAAGCUGCUAGAGCCACUACUAUUCCUUGGUGGGAAGCAGAAAUGGAGAAGAUGAAGGAAGAUGACUUGGAAGCUUGGAAAUGGUUGGUGCAGAGACCACCCAAUAAUUGGACUAGAUCUCAUUUCCAUCCAAGGAUGGCUAAUCGAAGGGCUGCUUGUGGUAAAUGGAAACACCAUGUUGGCCCAAGGAUAUUCAAAAUAAUUGAGAAGAACAAGAUGGGAGCUUUUCAAUGCAUUCUUAGAUUGGCUGGGGAGAAAAUGUAUCAAGUCAGUCACAUGUAUGGUGGGGAGUUUGUUAUAGAUCUUGCAGCAAUGUCUUGUAGUUGUAGGAGAUGGGAUUUAUGUGGCAUACCCUGUGCACAUGCUAUUUCAUCUAUAUUCCACAGAGAUGAAAACCCUAUUGAAUAUGUGCAUGAGUGUUAUAAGCCAGACACAUACAUGAGGUCAUAUUGA